GGGGAGAGGAGCGGAGCGGAGAGCGGCCGGAGGUUUGGUGCAGCAGUGGGCAUGGGCGAGUUCGGCAUCGUGCCAGGCCAGCGCGUGGCCAUCAUCUGGGACAGCUCCUCACCAGUGGAAGCACUGAAGGCCUUGGUGGAUAAAAUCCAGGCUCUGGUGGGAGCUGAUAACCAAGUCUCUGUGGAGAAUGUCAACCAGCUGUGCCAGUCAUCCCACAGGGAGUCCAGUUUUGACGUGGUGCUGUCUGGCCUGGUGCCGGGCAGUGCGGCGCAGCACAGCGCCGAGGUGCUGGCAGAAAUCGCUCGGAUCCUGAAGCCAGGGGGCAGAGUCCUCCUGAAGGAACCUGUGCUGACAGACUCAGCAAACAGCAGCAGCUUGAAGACAGCAGCCAGCCUGCCCACAGCUCUGACACUCUCUGGGCUGGUGGAAGUGAAGGAGGUGCAAAAGGAAGCCUUGAGGCCAGAGGAGGUGCAGGCAGUCCAAGAGCACCUGGGUUACCAAGGCAGUGACCUGCUCCUUGUUCAGCUGGAAGGCAGGAAGCCCAACUUUGAGGUGGGAUCCUCAAGUCAGCUCAAACUUUCCUUUGCCAAGAAAGCAGCUCCCUCAGGAAAACCCUCUGUGGACCCAGCUGCUGCCAAGCUGUGGACUCUCUCUGCCAAUGAUAUGAAUGAUGAAGAGAUGGAUCUUCUAGACUCUGACGAGCUGCUGGAUUCAGAGGAUUUGAAGAAGCCAGAUCCAUCCUCCCUCAGAGCUCCAUCCUGCAAAGAACUGGGCAAAAAGAAAGCCUGCAAGAACUGCACCUGUGGCCUGGCUGAAGAGCUGGAGCAGGAGAAGAGGAGCUCCCAGCCCAAGUCUGCCUGUGGAAAUUGCUACCUGGGGGAUGCCUUCCGCUGUGCCAGCUGCCCCUACCUGGGCAUGCCUGCCUUCAAGCCUGGGGAGAAGAUCCUCCUGAAGGAGAACCAGCUGCAUGAUGCCUAAUGAAAGCCUCUCUGGAUGUCCUCUGAAGGCCUCCUCUGCUUUCCCAUCACUCUGAGGUCCUUCCUGCAGUCCUCCUCAUCUCUCAACUUCAUCCUCUCCAGCCCCUGCUCCUUGUGGGCAAGGGACACUGUGGGUACAGGCACUGCUGUGAGCUCACCACUUGCCACCAGCCAUGGGCUGUAGCUGCUCAUCUUUGGUGGGAAGUGGUCUUCUCUCUCUUCUGCUUCACCUUAGACCUUAUUUUAGCUUGAACUUGAUAGUGGCACAGCACAGCAGGUGCCACCAGCAGAGGGAAGCAGAACCAAGGGCCAGGUUGCCCUCCUGUUGGUGUGGCAGGACCUGGACUGCUGCUUCCCUGUGGACAGCUUUGAUUGGUGACUCAGCAGCUCUGGCUCAGCUUUCAAGGUGACCUCACCAGGCUCCUGCUCUCUUGGCAAUGUCAAGCUGCAGUUCCUAACCCCCUGGAGGCAGCUCAGCAGCCUCUGCUGGAGGCAGCAGCACAGGGAGGACACUUUGCAGUGAAGGCCUUGGCCAAGGCUGGCAGCCACGGUGAGUUUCCAAGGGCUGUGGGAGCCUUGCCCCUGGCAUCCCUUGGUCCCACCUGGUGCCAUCAAAAGGACAAAGCCUCAGAUCAAGCCUGGGCUGCCUGGGCCUCCCACACCUUGCUGCCCACAAGGGCAAGCUGAGGCUGUCAUCUCCCUUGGUGCUUACCUGCAGUGUCCUAGCAGUCAGAACAGAGCAAUGACUUCACUUCUGGCUGAGGUGUGGUCACCCUGUGUGCCAGCUGGGACUUUGGUCACUGCUAGGGAAGCAGCCACCUGGCUGUGGCUUGAGGGAGCUCUUGAUCUCUGUGCCAGGCUUGCUUCUCACCUGGGGGAGGGAGAGGAAGAAAACCCAAAGCCAGCAUCUGAGCAGGGUUUGGAGCCUCUUGCUCUGCAGGAUCUGACUGCUGCUUGCUGUGCUGCACUGAAGGGAGGGAGGGAGCUGGGGCUGAAGG